CUUAAUGACAUCAAAUAUGAUUUCUGGACUGAACCUGGCGCAUCAGCUAAAUUCGUGAACAUUAUGGUUAGUCCUCCACAAAAAGAUACUUUGGAAGGUUUCUUAAACCUCAAUGGAAUUGACUAUAAAGUGGCUAUUAAAAACAUUCAAGAAAUAAUUGAUAAAGAAACAGUAAAAACAUACAAUCGCAAUAGCAGAAGUAUGACUUGGGACGCUUACUACACGUUGAGCGACAUAGAAAAUUGGAUGAGUGACAUAGCGAGAGUACAUUCGACCGUAGUAACUGAAAUCGUUGGAGGCGAAUCUUAUGAAGGCAGACCAAUUAAAGGCCUCAAAAUUUCACACGGUCCUGGAAGACAAGUCAUAUUUAUUGAAUCCGGUAUACAUUCUCGGGAAUGGAUAACAAUGACUACAACUUGUUACAUAAUUAACGAGCUCUUAACAAGUAAUGAUGAAGAAACUAAAGCCGCUGCUAGAGAUUUUGAUUGGUACAUAUUCCCUGUUACCAAUCCUGAUGGUUACGUGUGGACACAUACGGAAUUCAGGUUGUGGCGUAAAAAUAGAAAACCUUAUGGAAAUGAAGUUGGAGUAGAUCUAAAUAGAAAUUGGAAUAAUAACUGGUUGGUAAUAGGAGCGAGUACUAACCCAGCUUCAAAUAAUUUCGUUGGAUAUGGACCGUUCUCUGAGCCUGAAACAAGAACUCUUUCGGAGUACAUCAGAUCGAUUGAUAACAUUGAGAUGUACAUAUCAUUCCAUUCUGCCGGCCAAAUCCUAUUAAUCCCUUUUGGCAACACUACUGAGCCUCUGGCCAAUUAUCAUGACGCGCUAAAAAUAGGAAGAAGAGCAAUGGGAGCUUUGUCCGUGAGACACGGCACGCAAUACACUUCGGGAAAUAUAGCAGAAGCUAUUUACCAUGCUGCAGGCACUAGCAUCGAUUGGGUAAAAGCAGCGUUAGAAGUCCCUUUAGUAUAUUGCUAUGAGCUUCGCGACAGACACCAAUAUGGACACCUACUUCCUGCUGAUCAGAUUCUUCCCAACAAUCAAGAAGUCAUGGAUUCUUUAAUAGAACUGAUUCAUCAAGGUAAAAGAUUCGGUUAUUUUAACGACACUAAUGUUGUCAGGGCAUCUCUACUUUUGACAUCGUUGUUGGUUUUUAACGAAAUGAAAAUUUUAAAAUCAUAUCUUUUUUCGUUCGCUCUAUUCAUAUCUUUAGUAUCAAGUGACAAAGUCCGUUUCGACAACUAUACUUUAUAUAAAAUUACACCAAAAGGCAGUUACGAAAAAAAAUUACUCCAAGAUUUGAAAAAUAGUGAUGUCAAAUAUGAUUUCUUUAACGUAGUAACUCCUGUAGUUGACUACGUCAACAUCAUGACCAGUCCUGAUACAAAUAGUUCUUUGGAAAGUUUUUUGAAAACGCACGGAAUCCAUUAUAGGGUUACUAUUCAAAACGUUCAAGAUGCAAUCAACAAGCAAAGUAUAAAAUCGUACACUCGUAACAGUAGAAACAUGUCUUGGGAUGCUUACUACACACUGAAUGACAUAGAAGCUUGGAUGAGUGAUAUGGCUCAAGCAUAUUCUUCAGUAGCCACUGAAGUAGUCGGAGGCACAUCAUACGAAGGGAGACAAAUCAAAGGUCUUAAGAUUUCACGUGGUGGUAAUAAAAAAGCAAUAUUUAUAGAAGCUGGUGCUUGUUCAAGAGAAUGGAUUACAGUGGCAACAGCUUGUUACAUUAUUAAUGAGCUACUAACAAGUGACGAUAACGAAACUAAAGUAGCUGUUACAGAAUUUGAUUGGUAUAUCUUUCCUGUCACCAAUCCCGAUGGAUAUGUGUGGUCUCAUGAAUCAUUCAGGUUGUGGAGGAAAAACAGACGGCCGAUUGGUUCUGCUUUUGGCGUAAAUCUGAAUAGAAACUGGAACGGCAACUGGCUUGUUGAAGGAUCAAGCACCAAUCCAUCUGCCGAUAAUUACGCAGGUACAGCACCUUUCUCCGAAUUAGAAACAAGAACUUUAUCUGAUUACAUCAAAUCGAUCCGAAAUAUUGAGAUGUACCUUGCUUUCCACUCCUAUGGUCAGAUUCUUAUGAUUCCAUUUGGGAACACCACUCAACAUCUGGCUAACUAUCAGGACGCAGUAAACAUCGGAAGAAGAGCGAUGGGUGCGCUGUCAGUGCGAUAUGGAACGCAAUACGUAACGGGAAAUACAGCUGAAGUUGUUCACCUAGUUACAGGUACCAGUAUAGAUUGGGUGAAAGAGAAUCUCAAAGUUCCUUUGGUCUAUGGCUACGAGCUUCGUGACAAAGGCGAAUAUGCAUUCCUGCUGCCUACGGAUCAGAUACUACCAAAUAACCAAGAAGUUAUGGAUUCUGUUUUGGAGUUGAUACAUCAAGGAAAAAGAUUCGGUUACUUUAAUAGUGGAAAUAUUUUAAAAUCGUCCAUUUUAACGAUGUCAUUUUGUUUUAUAUUAACUAAUAUAUUAUGGUAGGUAAAAUUGUUUAUAAUUAUAAAUAAUAAGUUGUAGUGUUUGUAGAGAAAUGCUUUCAUCAAAUAAUUAUCGCUAAUUACAAAUUUCAUACGAAAUAUCGAUAAAAUAGAAAAAAAAUCAUACCGUGGCAAGAAACCUGUAAUUAGUGAUGAUCAUUUUGUAAAUAUUCAUGAAAGCCUUAAAAAUCUAUAAACGUUUUCAUGUUAAGGUAUAAUUAUAAAUCGUUAGUAUUCAAUAAAUUCAUUUGGAAAAUUUUAUUACGUCACUGUAUCUUCAAUUAACUGCCGUUCUGUCUUCAACGCUUGUUGAUUUAAUUGCACGUCUUUUUGCAUUAACUGUGAAUUACUGUGUCGUAUCCAUCUUAAACUUAAGAUAUUUCUUUUUAAACUACUUGUUUUGUGCAUGUUAAUAAAAUAAAAAUAUUUGAAUAUAUCGCUCUAACCGGUGAUAACUCUGUGCACAAGCGGGAGUCAUCAGAGAGAACGCUUGCACGUUUCAACUUAAAAAGGGUUUUUCAACAAGAACUUUGUUUUGUAAAUCAAAAUAAAACAAUAAAUUUAGAUGACAAUGAUUGAAUUUUUUAUUGUAUUAAAAAAAAUAACU